UCAAAUGGCGAGGAUGUUAGUCGCGGCGAUGAUGGUAAUAACCCUGCUAGCGAUUUGCACCAUGUGCUGCAUGGUAAGCUGCUUCAAUGCAACGUUAUGCUCGGGAAGUGACGAGAAAGGGAGGUGCAGCGCAUAUCCUUUGCCGGCGGGUAACUUUCAGCUGGAAGACAUCUUCGAUGGUUUUCGGAGCAAACAAUUCGACGGAGGCAAGAGAGCCGGUUGCUACACGAGAGACUACGUUGAUGAGGAUCAUAACCCGUACACAGUGUACGCCUCUUUUACCUGCGACGUCACGCCCGGUAUAAGGUGCCGUCUGUGUUUCAAUUCUGGCAUCACCCGCAUGGAACAAGGGUGCCGUGGCCGAGCCGGAGGGAGCGUCUUGUUUGAGAACUACUGUUGUUUUAGGUACGAGACAGCUUACAACAUCUGCACCUAGCUAGCUAGCUAGCUAGGUUUGUUGGAUUUGCAUGGUUUCUACUUUUGUUUACUACGUACGUACGCCGAGCGAGUAGAGUACUCAAUGUGUUCAAGGUUGUGUACCUGCUCGAUGAAUAAAGGGGGUUUCUUUGCUCGAUGAAACACCCAUACCAUCAUUACGCUUUUGUUAUGCCGAACUUUCGCUAUCUUAUUGGCUGCAUAACCCUUGAUCAUGCACUCUUACAUGACCAAAUCUGAGCUCUUAAUUUUGAGUGGAACCAGAAGGAUCCAGAUAUAAUGAGUGAGAAUUAAAGGUUUUCACUUUUUAUUUUUCCUGUUUUUCUUAAUCGACUCUUACCUCUUCUGGAGUUCAAAAUUUUAUACAAAGAUGGAACAAGUUCGUUGUGAUCCUGCAAAUGAGAUUCAUUUUCAACAUAUUUCGACAAACAAAAUUUCAUACCACUCGUUACCACCUUCGUUUUUAACACGAAUUUUGGAGGGAAAAAAUUGCACAGAUGGAACGUGUUCAUCAUUAUUUAUUUAAUCUACAAAAUUUAUGGAGAAAAAAUACAACACCAAAAUGUAUCACCCUAAUAUAGGGAUGGUAACUGAUGUCUGAUGAUCAUACACACGAUGAUUAAUGUGGUAAAUUACAGUUCGUAUAUUCCUGAUAUUAAAGCCUAAGAGCCUGGCCAGGUACGUACGCAUAAGUACCUGUUGUCGCCGGCUAGCAAAAUGGGAAAUAUUGGUCGCCAAUCCGUUUACCCCUUCCAGUCCCGGUCAUCAGAACCAUGUUCUUGCUUAAAGAUAGCCCGGCCAGACUGGACAAAAAUUGUUGUAGUAGUUCAGUAUUCAGUGUUUACACCACCUCAACUGUUGCAUCAAUGGCUGAACCGCCUUCUUUUGUAUUCAUCUGCACGCCCCGUUCCUGAGCAGACUGAUUCCUUCCACUCUCUUCUCGUUUCUGUCUUCAUCGUCGAACAAAACAAUGCGAAUCCA